AAGGAAGGAAGGAAGAGAAGGAAGGGCUGAAGCAGCCGUUUCCCGGACAUUUACCCCCUUCCCCCUCCCUGCGUCUCCUAGCCGUGGGGCUGGGGAUUCUCGUAGGCUGAGGGCACCGCUGUAGCCCAGCAAAAGCUGCGGGGGUGGCUUUUCGAAGAAUCAGCGAGAGACCCUUCUCGGGCGAGAAAGCCUUUUCGUCUCCCGAGCGCUCUCCCGACGCCUCCACCACGUUAUCCACGGCCUCUUGCACCAUAGAGGGAAAACAGACCAUGGUGAACCCAGGCAGCAGCUCGCAACCCCCCCCUGUCACCAGUGGCUCCCUCUCAUGGAAAAGAUGUGCAGGCUGCGGGGGAAAGAUUGCUGAUCGCUUCUUGCUCUAUGCCAUGGAUAGCUAUUGGCACAGUCGGUGCCUGAAGUGCUCCUGCUGCCAAGCCCAGCUGGGAGAAAUUGGUACAUCCUGUUACACUAAGAGUGGCAUGAUCCUGUGCAGAAAUGACUAUAUCAGGUUAUUUGGGAAUAGCGGCGCUUGCAGUGCUUGUGGGCAGUCAAUUCCUGCUAGUGAGCUGGUUAUGAGGGCACAAGGGAAUGUCUAUCAUCUUAAGUGCUUUACGUGUUCUACCUGCCGAAACCGCCUGGUCCCUGGAGACAGGUUUCACUACAUCAAUGGCAGUUUAUUCUGUGAACAUGAUAGACCUACAGCUCUCAUCAAUGGCCAUUUGAAUUCACUUCAGAGCAAUCCACUACUGCCAGACCAGAAGGUCUGCUAAAAGAUCAGAGUACUGCAGAAUGCGUGCCUUCAUCUCAAACUUUGUUCAUCACAGAUGGAUCCCAUGUCUCCAGUAGACAAGUCACCUUUGUAGCUAGCAUCAGUGCCAGCUUCAUGCCAUUGCACCUUCUUUACUCUUGAUUGCCCUUCCCGCAUUUAUUGGUGUAUUAAAAUGACUGAAAACGAACAUUAAGAACUCCAUGAAUCUGGGCUAAUGGGAGACUGUAGAGAAAAUGAAAAAAGUCCACCGGAGGAGAACAACUUUGGUGGGUGGGGAGGGGUGGGGCAAACGACUAAUGAAGCUAAUUCAGAUAAGCUUUCAAGUCUGCUUUCUACCCUCAUUAACAAUUAGCAGGGCACUGGUGAGAAUUUGUACCCUGUGUUUUACCUUAACAGCAUUCUCUUUGCUCUUUGUAUAUUUAAGUGUUGUAGGAAAUGUUUCAAAACUCAAACCUGAGCUAAUGGAAAGAUGGGGCUCUUGUGAUAAUCUAUCACAAAUACUUUUAUUGUAUCUCUGUAAAAUACAAUGUAUGUAUGCAUGUAAGUGUGUUUUGUCCUAAUGUUGCUACUUCCCAUGACACAAAAAGAACAAGAAAAAGAAAAAUCAAGCUCAUAGCAGCAACUGUGUAGAAUUUUCACCUAUCCUAAUUUGCUGAAUGAAGAAGAAAAAUCUUUUAUUUGUGAUACUUUCAGAGACAUUUGCUCUAGUAUGGUGUAUUUAAAUAAUAAAAAACUUAAAAUGAAAGCAACUGUAAUUGACUUUGGACUUCAGUGCAGUGGGGCAAAUUUCUAUCAAGGAAUGAAGUCAUACAUAGCUGUCACAAUAAGUUAAUUUUUAAAACCUGGUUUUCCUGCUUCCCAGUAGCUUUAUGGCAAAAAGGAAUGCAUUGAAAUCUGAAUGAAGAGAUACUUUUAGGAGUGCUACCAAACUCAAAAGUGAUGUCUAAUGUUUCAAGGAUUUAUUUCUAUAGCAGCAAUGUUUAAUGGCAGUGCAGAUUUAACUAAAGAAUGUUGUGCUCACUUCACUUAAGUCAUCCAGUUUUCAUUAAUGAUAGGAAAUGUAUGUCUUUCUUAACAUUAUUAACGUGCUAACUGUAAUAAUUUUUUUGUGAAUUCAAAAGCACAUCUAGGAAUUAGGGUAGUUUCUGAGUUGCCAAGUUACUCAAAAAUGUCCUGGUUAUGAACGUUUUGUUUAAAAUGUCACAUCAUAUCAUAGCAAAGCAUCCUGAGAAAAGAAUUACAUUUCUCAUUUUUCUGCUGUAAAAUAGCCCCUUCCUCCCCAACUAUUAGUACUGUUUCAGUGCUGUGUAAGUGAAAACCUUUUUCAAUGCUUUGGCAAGUACGGAAUAUGACCUACAUGCAAAUCUUUUUCUUGAACCCAAUGAAUCUGACAAUCACCAUAGUGUAUAUAGAGAUAGAAACGCAUCCAAAAGCUUAGAGUGGUAUAGAAAAUUCAAGGCAAGCGUACAAAAACUUCUUGUAAUUAAAGUCUUAUGUGUGUGCCCUGUAGACAAAGUCUAUAAAUUGGAAACAAUACUUUAAAUAUUGUAGUUGCUGGUUUAUGGAGUUAAUGAAGUGGCUAAUAGUAGAUUGAUUUACACCAGUAUUUCCCAACCAAUUUCCAGGUGUGUGGACUUAAACUCCCCGAAUUGUCAUCAAUGGCCAUGCUGGCUGUGGAAUUCUGGAAGUUGAAGCCCAGACAUCUGUAAAUUGCCAUGGUUUGGAAACACUGGCUCUCCCAAUUUCCUGAAAAUUCUUUCGUGGGGAAAUGUAAAGAGAUGGCAAUGAAAUACAUGGUUAAAAUGGAGCAAUCUAUUUUGGCUUUUGGCACAUGACAUCAUGGGGCACAUUUUGUCCAUCCCUAAAGACUGUAGCCCUGUAAAUGUUUCCUUUCAACAUCACCAUGGAAAUACUAAUUUUUAUAUAGGUAGGGAUGGAAGAUUCAUGCCACAGCAGAGAAGUUGCCAAACAUGACCCAAAAUACUCUUUGUAAUUAUGGAUAAAAAGUGUCCUUCAAGCUGAAUUUGAUUCUGGUGAUUUCAUGGACACAUAUCCAAUUUCAUACAGACACAACUUAUUACCUAAAACAUGAUACUCUACGUAAGAUUGGCAGAUUUUUUUUUUUUUUUUACUCUAUAAAUGACUAAUAGCUCUGAGCGUUGGCUUGGAGAUGUAACAUGCAGAGUUCUGGCUUUUCAUUAAAUUUCACAUAUCUUCUUCAUCUCCGCCAGCACAGAACAAUUCAAGUAUAAGCUGGGUUCCCCCAAAAUAACAUAAUCCAUGAGUAAUUUAUAGUCUAAAUUUGUAGUGGUGCUUGAUGUUGAUCUGCCUGUAAGAUAGUUUUGUGUGAUCCAUGCAAACUGAGGAAGGACAUAAAUUUUAAAUUCCAAAUGAAUUCCUUGAAAAUAUUAAUGUUCUCUGGAGUGAGAAGUAUUGCAUUGCUUUAUUUCUGGCUAAGAAGAUAUAUACAUUUGAGGUUCCAGGGUGAAACUCUAAAAAUAGGUAAAGUUAAUUGCAAACUCCUUAAACUAAAGGAUUUUAAUGUACAUAUUUUAAUUUUGAUUAGAUGCACAGUUAAUUUAUUGCAUUUCCCGAAGAGUCCACUGAAACAUUGGGCUGGUUCAGCUGUAAUGCCGAACCAUGAUUUAGUACUACAUGACUGAAUCUUGGGUAUUCUCCCCUUUGCGCUCUCCCUGAUUUCCAAAUGAGCCAGUUAAGGAAAUUUGAAUGUGGGAGGUGAAGAUGGAAAGUGAUUCUGUGACUCCUUCAUGUAUUGCCAAACAGGCUGUAUUUUCAAGCUAAGCAACUGUGUGCUAUCUGCAAUUUAUUGUGCUGUCUGUAAAGGACUUUACUUCACACCCACCCACCCAACUCAAUAUAUGAAAACCCAGAGGCCAAGUAAUAGCUUGCAAAGGUGUUUUACAUCCAGAAGCAAACUCCAAACAUAUUUCCCUAAAAUGUUGGAAUCAGCAGAAGAGCGCUGAAAAGUUCUUUUGAGACAACAUAGUCUCCUGUAUUCACGCUGAAGAUACUUCUUUUAAAAGUCAUUCUUUUUAUAUAUAAGCACUCAUGCUAUCAUUAGAAUUAAACAUACUAGGGUUUUUUUUACUAUUGUGUGAUAUAAUCUAGAAGUACUAGAGAAUAACUAAUUUUCAAUAAACCAUAUAGUGUGGCAUUAAGCAAUGAAAGAGGCUAAAGUUCAUUAAAGACUUCAAAUAAGCUUUUUAUGUGCCUGGUUCUUAAAGCACUGCUACCUAUAUAAUAGCUUAAAAUAUUGUCUUAAGUUGCAGACCUUAUAACAUUACAAAUGUCUCUUGUGUUAGCAUAAUCCACGUGCAAGUGAUAAAGUCUGCUUUGAUGUGCUAAAUUGGAGGAGGAUUGUUUGGGCUAUGAAUAUAUGAUGGAACAUCUUUAACUUGAUUGGGACAAAGCAUGACGAAAAUGAGAUGUAUGAAACAAUAAAAACAGGUCUUUGUGGUGAUGAAGAUGCUUGUGUGACUUGGUAUAAGGCAAGACAGUUUGGAAAUUUGGUCAUCUAUGAUCAGUGGGAAAGGUAAUUUCAACAUGCUUGCUUUUUUCCUUCAUUCUUUCCUAACUUAGUGCUGCUUAGAGAUGUGUUGGACUGCGGCUCCCAUUAUCAUCAUGUAGUAUGGCCACAGGUGAGUGUAGCAGUCCAACACAUCUGGAGGGCAAUAACUUGGGAAAAGCUGGUCUAUGCAUUUGUUACAGCAUGUCUCUUGAAUGUGGUAUGUAUAAUAUAUGGUUUCAUACAGAUGAAUUAGAAAUAUUUGGCGCUCACAAAAUAUAAUUGUACCAAUGUGAAAGCAUUCUUGUAAAUAGGUACAAUUGUCAUAUUAGUUUUAUGCAGAAAUAGUAAUCAAUUGUUAACUCUUUUUAAUGAACUAAUUUUGCAAAAGGGCUGCUCUCUAGCCAAUUUUACAUAUCCAGUUUUCUAGUGAUUUCUGCAUAUCCCACAGGCAUGGGAGCAUUUAAACUUCUCCAAGCUAAAUUCUGUAUCUAAUGAAAGACUACUUUUUCUGUACUUCAUAAUUUUUCUUUAAUUAGGUUAUAUUAUACAUUAUAUAUUAACUUCUACUGUAAAAAAGCGAUCAUUCACACCAAAAAGAAAGGAAACAAGCAUUGCCUUUAGAAUUGGGGUGGAGAAGCUACAGGCUAUGGCAGUACUUGUCUUAAUCUUCAUAUGAAGUGACCCCCCCCCCAAAAAAAAGGAAGUUGGGCAAAAGAGCUAUGCAAUCCUCCAAAUUGUGGCUACUUUGGUUGUAGUUCUGUUUUCAUCUAUCAAUAGUUGUGCCCUUACAUUGCCAGAUCGAUUUUUCCUGUGUGCCAAGAGCUCUUUAAUAGGAAAAAGUUCUCUGCCUCUCCAUUAAAAUGUUAAUGACAAGGCAAUGGAAGAUUGGCUAUCUGUGUUAACCAUUUACUGUUUAGGGUAAAAAGGCUAAAAUUCUUAACAAAGCAAGAUUUAUAAUUUAUUAGCAAUUAGAUUUAUCAUCAUGAUUCCAAAAGUUUGCAAGACUCCAAUGCCUGAGAAAUGUAUUUCAAAUAGCA